AAUCUGUUGGUCAAAACUUUCACACAGGCGCUCUCGUUCAGCUCUGGUGAAGGCGUCCAUGCAGACUUUGAGACACUUAACGCUGACAUCAAUUCGCCAUCAGCAUCAUACAUCCUGAAACUAGCCAACCGUCUCUACGGAGAAAAUACCGCCAACUUCCUCCCGGAAUUCCUGGAUGCCACACAGAAGUAUUACCAUGCAGACCUGAAGGCUGUUGAUUUCAUGGGGGCUCCAGAUGCGUGCAGAGAGGAGAUCAACGCCUGGGUGGAGCAACAGACAGAAAAUAAGAUUAAAGAUCUUCUGAAGCCAGGAACAGUCAGUACUAUGACAAGACUGGCUCUGGUUAAUGCCAUCUACUUCAAGGGAAACUGGAUGAACCGCUUUGAUCCCGCAAACACCAAAGAGAUGUCCUUUGAAACCUAUAAGAAUGGCAAGAAGUCAGUCCAGAUGAUGUACCAGAUGAAGAAGUUCCCCUACAACUACAUCCCUGAGAUUGGUCUGCAGAUCCUGGAGCUGCCGUAUGUGGACGAGGAGCUCAGCAUGUUCAUCCUGCUGCCUGAAAAGACCGAAAAUGGCCCAGAUCCUCUGCUGAUGGUACAUAAGCUAAAAAACGACUGCCUCAAAAGAAAAAGCAGUUUUCAGGGGGAAAGGUUCAAACAGUUCAGUGUUACUCUCCACAGGGUUUCUUCAUUAAGGAUCUAACAGCAGUGAUGAGUUCUUUCUCAUAAGUAUUUGAAAUCUAGC